CUUUGAAGAAGCUAAUGAUCGACUCACAAGCACAGAAAUAAAGUCCUACACUCACAUUCUCAUAAACUUAGCUUCUCAAGAUCAUAUUAUUAUGCUUUGUUCUAAAAUCAAAAAUUUGACAUAUCUUUCGCUUGCCGUUACUGUAAUAUUAACCACUCCAAUUCAACGUGCUGGUAUUAUGGAGGGUGCACGUAAUGAAUUACCAGAACGUGUUGAUUUUAUUUUCAAACCUCUUAACAGAACCAAAAUGGAAGGUUUAUUUGAUCAUACCACUACGGUACGGGAUAAUUUCUUAAAACGCAGAAAUACGCACCAGAUAGUUGCAUCUCAAAGAGAAGUAUUUAAACGCAUGGCGGAUGAUGUUGGUGAUAAAGGGUUUAGAGUCUUAUUGGUUGAGGAUAAUUUUGUUAAUCAGAAAGUGAUGACAAAAUAUCUCACUAAAGUGGGACUAGAAGUUACUGUUGUCGAUAAUGGUGCUCAAUGCUUGGAAAAGUUUUAUGCACAAGAUCAUGAUUAUUUUUCAUUAAUAUUGACAACAACUGAAAUUCGAGCGUGGGAAAAACAGAAUUUACCGAACGGACCAGAAAUCCCAAUAAUUGCGCUUACCGCAAAUGUGAUGGCAGAUGUUGCAAAAAAAUGCAUUGAAGUUGGAUUUACAAGUUAUGUCAGUAAACCCGUUAGCUUCUCUAAAUUAAGUGAUGUGAUCAGAAAGCUACUAAUUAAAAAUACUAAUAAUAAUGAUGGUGGUGGUGGUGGUGAUAAUAAUAGCUCUGAUAAUGGUG